UUCACUAUAACCUAUAUUCCAGGUUCAAAGAACAUUAAACCAGAUGCCCUCUCCCGUCAGUUCUCCUCCACUGAAAGAACAGAUCAGGAUACCAACAUCAUCCCUUCCACCUGUUUCGUGGGAACCCUCACUUGGAACAUCGAAAACGUCAUCCGACUGGCCCAAGUUUCUGAACCUGWCCCUGGCACGGGCCCACCUGGAACCAAAAUUAAAGCAGCAACCAACCACCCGCUGGACUACUACAACCUCUGCCCGUGCCAAGCCGCCCCUGGUCCCACAUAGCCCUGGAUUUCGUAACUGGACUUCCACCAUCACAGGAGACAGCCAGACUCCUUUGCCAGCAUGUGGUCCGUCUCCAUGGCAUCCCCACCGAUAUCMUCUCAGAUCGUGGACCUCAAUUUUCCGCUCAGAUGAGGAAACAGAAUCCUUGGUCCCCUCCGUGCAACAACACAUGGCAAGAUAUCGCAGGAUCUGGAACCAGACCAAGAGGGCCCUUYUCCGCACCGCAACGCAAAACAAGAAGUAUGCAGACCGCCAUCGGUCCUCCGCCCCCUCAUACACAGUCGGACAGAAGGUAUGGCUCUCCUCCCGAGACAUUAAUCUGAAAGAUUUUCCCAAGAAAUUAUCCCCACGGUUCAUCGGUCCCUUCACCGUGGAGAGGAUAAUAAACCCUUCUGCUGUCCGACUGCGAUUACCAGCGUCUAUGAGGGUUCACCCAACAUUCCACGUCUCCCAGAUCAAGCCUGUGCGGGAUAGCCCGCUGCACCCUCCUUCCGACCCCCGCCCACCCACCUGGUUCCUGGGUGCCGACCCCAUCUACACAGUAAGAAGAAUCUUGGAUGUGCGACGCCGGGGACGUGGAGUGCAGUUUCUGGUGGACUGGGAGGGUUACUGCCCCGAGGAACGUUCCUGGGUCCCCCGGGCCCACAUUUUGGAUCCUGUUUUAAUAUCCUCUUUUUACAGGAACAAUCCGUCUAAGAGGUUUUAAUCGCCGGGAGGCGAUUUUUGAGGAGGGGGUACUGAGGCAUUUCUGCCUCCUCACCCUAAUUGUCUGCUGCCACUUGCUGAUUAAUCAUCAGCUCCACCUGUGGUUGACUCAACCACUCACCCUUUAUAAGACAGCUGAUGACUUCUCCUCGACGCUGAAGCAACGUCUACUCUUGUGAACCCUCCCGAGCUUUGCUGGACAGAUCCUCCAAGAAAACAAUCUGAAAGAACCAACCAAACCUGUAAGCACCAGCCUCUCUGCCUCCAACGCGCCUCCUUGUAUAUACUCUCCUGGACUCUUCACCUUGUCACUGAAAGUAAGGAGAUCCAAUUCAUACAAACAAUUUGCAUCCCCGCUAAGAAUCAUUACCUGCAUACUCACCUGCUCAUCUCGCUCUCCUCAGGUCUGGAUCCCCACUCCCUCUCCCUGUGCACCUGUAAAAUAAACACUGUUACUUGUUUUUGAA